AUGGCUAUCUUUACUGGCGGUCCAAGUGUCGCAAUCGACUCUCCCCGUCAUCUCACACUUCGUCAUGCCAGGAAUGCCGUUGAUCGAACCAGACAGCAAACGCUUCUGAAGGCCGUUUCUCUUGAAGCCCAGUCUGGGGAGGCCGACAAAGAGCCACCAGACCCCCAGGAUGAGGACCCAACUGCAUCUUUAGCGCCUGGACAAGCCCAGCUGCACUCAUACUGGGUACCUGGACUCACGGCAGGCAACAAACACGAGGUCUUCAUCACCCAAGAUAUCAAGGCUCGCACAGGCGAUAAGACCCUUCGUCUUCAAGCAAAACAGGACUUCUAUGUCGAUGCCCCUCGGUUUGUUCUCCCAGAGGGAUCCGUGUACUCCACGUAUCCACCUCAAGGAUACCCAGACGACCGUCGCAUCCUGCCUCAUGUUGUUCUCAGUGACCCUCAUCUUCCUUGGGAAAGGAUUGGGAGUCCAUCGGCUGAGGCUAACCCAAAGGUUGACAAACGCAACAAGGUACCAUGGCUUGCCUUGUUCACCUUCACCCAUGACGAGCUGUUGCUUCAGCCUGGUGCCUUGGGCGAGACCCAGUUCAAACAGACUCCUACCCAGUCUAUCAAAAUGACAGUUGGCGACGUUGUGAAUAUUGGCAAUGUUGUAACUCCGAUAGAGAAAGAACCAGGCCCAGAUGUCAAGGAUAUUGUGACUGAGUUUAUCUUUGUCAAGCCGGACCUCAUCAAGAGCUUUUUCUCCACCUUCGAUAAGGACAACAAGCGCCAGGUGCCAGAAAAGCCCGAUGUUAACCAGUACAAAUAUCUUUCCCAUGUCAGAAAGAUCAACACGAAGGGUAUGGCUAUCGCUGGCCAUGAAGACUUUGGCAUCUUCUCAGUUGUCAUCAGCAACCGUUGUGGGCCGCUGAACAAUCCCACCGCUGCCAAUGUCUCUGUCCAUCUUGUCUCUAUCGAAGGUAUGGAGGCCAUGUCGUGGCCAGCAGCGGGGAAAGACUACGUUGGACUUUGUUCACUCCAUAGCUGGUCCUACACGGUUCUUCCACCCGGGCAGCUAAAUGUCUAUGAUGCGUUUGUGCAUCUGGGGCAAGAACUCAACCUCCUUCGCCCUUUGGAAAGCGUCUUUGAACCUUUAGUGUCAUCCGGAGAUAAAGUAACUGCUCGACUGGGAACUCGAAUUAAAGAUGGCUAUUCACUGGUCAAGUACCGUGUCCAGACUGGUGAACAGACCGUGGCCUUAUAUCGAGGACCUUUUACGCCUACUAGAGUCGCCCGUAAUGGCCAGUUCAGUCACUGCUCCAACUCGGGUCAAGACUUUCAGAUUCUGGAUAAAGAAGUCGGCCUGAUGGAUAUAAGCUACUCGAUAGCUUGGCAGAUAGGCCGUACUUUGGCUCUUGGAGAUCGCGCCUAUGUAGCCGCCCUUUCUCGUCUACGAUCUAUCAUCCGCCGAAAAGCGAUGAAAGAUUCCAAGAUUGAAGCUGUUACAAAGGCAGGAUCAUCUGAGAAUAGUUAUCGUAGCAAAGUCGAUGUUCUGAAAAGCUUGCAAGAUACUAUUGAAAGGCUGCAGCAAAUUCAGUCGCCCACCCCACCUGAAUCGGAUGAGGAUGGUGGUGCUGAGUUCAGCCCCGGGGGAGCUCAAAAGCGUUGGUAUAGACCACAGCUCACCAAAAAGGAGUACCCCAAACUCGGCUUCGCUUCCAAGCUUGUUCAGGAUGAGUACCUAGAGAAGGCUCAAGAGGCUGUAAAGAAGCUGUCCAUGGGCAAGGAUGGAAAUAUGUAUGAUGAGACAAAUGACCCCGUUUCGACCGACUGGAUGGUCGUGUUAUCUUGGAUCGUCGAUCGCAUGUUUCUUGACAGAGUGCCCGCGCACUAUCUCAUCUCAGACCCAAGCCAUCUCCCCCCAGAAGCUUUACGCUUUUUCUACAUCGAUCCGAACUGGGUUGAUGCCAUGGUUGAUGGGGCUUUGAGUCUGGCAAACCAUAUGGGCCAGGACAUGGAUCGAGCUGCCAUCAAAUGGGGUAUCAAUCGUUUCUUGGAGUAUAUCCCUCCCCAGCAGACUCAUCAUGUCCAAAUUCCCACCUACGGCUUCUAUCUGCGCUCGGACCUUGUUACCAUGUAUCCAGACCUCAGAGUGACAACUGUAGGGGAGGAUACUGGUCGUGCGCCCCUUCUUAGUCACGACAUUGUGGCAGAUGGCGUCAUGCUCGGCCUGCUUGAUUGUGUCCCCGGCAAAGAUCUCGAACAAUUGAUCUUCACACAGCCUCCCCAUCAGCAGCGCUUCGCUGCCGGUCCGGACCUCGGCGGCGAUAAGCUAAAGCUUUCCAUCAGAAAACAGUAUACUGUGGAUCAGAAAUGGCACGAGAAAGAAAAUCACAUCUCUCUCAAGAAGUUCGACAUGCUACCGAGUUCAGAGAACAACUGGUUUGUCUGGAGUACCAUCCCCAAACCCUUGGUUGAUGGCGAAGACAUGGGCGAUCCAGAAGCGGAUCUACGAAUCUUGCGUACUUCGUACUUCGCAGAGCAGCAAUUGGACAUUGUUUACAAAGGCAUGGGAGAGUUCACUAAUGAUAAGGGUGAAAAGCAGAAAUUUUUUGACGACAAAACUCCCAACGCUGCGCUUCUCGCCAUGCAGCUCAACGAUCCUUACUACGACUUUAUCGUCUCCUUGAAAGGCUUUAAAAAGUCGGGCAAUGAACAAGAUUCCGGCGGUGCAAAGCCACUAGCGGCUUUGGCUAGUCUUCAGCCGGAAACUCCUCAGCCGUCUCAGGAACUUCGCGACUUGAAGCUCGUAGCUACUUCCACUGUUCCUCGAGUUCCUGAUAGCGAUGGUGAGGAUGAAGAGGAUGACGAAGAGCAUGUUGAGCCUACCCAAAUUUCUCUCAUCCAGGCUACUCCUUCACCACACGUUGUCCCUCAUUGGGGGCGUGAUGAGAGCUACGAGGCGAGGUCUCAUACUCUGCGCAACGAUACGGCUCCCCAUGUCCGAUCUUUGUUUACCGAACAUCUCCAUGACGCCAUGAACUCUGGGACUCCACAUGGUGUCGAAAUUCCUCCUGAAUCAGAGCGUAGGGAUUCCGAGGAUUCCGAGGCACCACGUCCUGAACUCAGGACGAUGUUUGCUGGCGAGGAUCCCAAUGACCUCGGACGCCCAGCUGCUCCGCCAAGAUACAGCUGCGACGUAUACUCCCUCCAAGAAAACUAUGUCAGCCAAGACGAAGACAAUCUGGAGCAAGAUCUCGUCUUCUCAGUUCUUGUAAAAAACAAUGAGUACAGCAACUACUUCCUCAUCGAGUUUGAUAUAGCCAUCGAGCUAGGCGCUGAAGAAGAGUCAAAGUAUAUCAUGGAGACAUACACAGGGCCUGGUGCGCGUAUGCUGAGCAACCUGCGCUUCAACGUUCUCACUUCCUUCACCAAGAUGCCUAUCACAGGAAGGAAAUGCCUGUUGCUCCGCCUCGUGCCUCGGAACAGCGAUGGCGAAAUCCGCAUUGACCGCGUUCAGGAAAUGAGCUUCAUGCUUACGCUGGCCAAGCUGAACAAAUUCAAACGCAAUCAUAGUUUCACAUUUUAUACAUCUGCGUACUACACGGCGGGACAUGAGAAAUAUCCUAUCAACGACGACUUUGAGGUUUCGCUUAAAAGGCGAGAUGUAUGA